AUGACUAACUCAAGCAGUGCUUGCUUCUCUCACUUUGUGAAAACCAAAGCCGUGAAGCGCCUUGAAGUACUGAACCGCGAGACAAAGAGCUCACACACUGGUCGGCCCGGCGGUGGUGCCCCCAACAGCAACGUCCGGAAGUUCUAUGCGGGCCUGUCGUUUGGACCCUCGUCGUCUGCGCUCGUGGACAUUUGUGAGCAGAUCAUUGUCGGCCGGCUGUCCCGGGGCAGGGAUGCCGCCUUCAACCUCCAUGUCGUUCAUGUCGAUGCAGAAGUAGACGGAGUGAAUACAGAUGCAGACACACCAUCCCCGGCCGAGCAGCGCCUUCAGCGGUGGCGGGCGCGGUACCCCCGCUUCACCUUUGAACGCGUACCCCUGACGGACGUUCUGGCGCUCGAUACAAUCGACUGGGCAGCACUGCUGCCACCACCGCCCUCAAGAACAGAACAACAAGACACGCCACAGACACGCCACCCGUCGACAUCGGCAGAGCUACGCGCAAGUCUCUCCAACCUUCCGUCGGCGACGUCUCGGCGAGACGUGCUGGAGGUUCUUGUGCGGCGGCUGUUGAUAUCAAAGGCUGCGUCGACAGCAGAGGCGGCACCGUAUGAUGCCCUGCUCCUCGGUUGCAGCACCACGGCUCUGGCAGAGAGGACGCUCGCUGAGACGGCCAAGGGCCGUGGCUUCUCGUUGCCGUGGCUGAUCAACGAUGGCGCCGUGGAAGACGGUGCGGAGCACAGGAUCGCCGUCUACUACCCUGUGCGGGAACUGUUCCGCAACGAGCUGAUUCUCUACCUCAACGCAGUGGCCCAGCCGCCACUGACAGAGGGCGACUUUGUCCUCGUGCCGGCACCGGCUUCAUCUGCGGGGGCGGUUGUCUCCCACAAGGACCUCAGCAUUGAGGAGGUCAUGACACGCUAUUUCACUGAGGUGGAGGCCAACUACCCGUCGAUUGUCGCCAACGUCGUGCGGACGACAGCCAAACUUGAGCGCCACGGGCACAGCCAUAAUCAUGCCCACGACAGUGACGACGGAGCACCAACCGGCUGUCGGGUCUGUGGCAUGCCGCUCGAUGAGGCCGGCAACGAACGGUGGAGGGGCGAGAUUGGUCAUCUUGACGGCCCCGAGGGCGGCCCGAGACUACGUGUGGAGAGGCUCUGUUAUGGGUGUGAACGGUCCAUUCACGGGUAA